GCGAAGCAGGAAGUGCUCACACCGAGCAAACAGGAGAUGAGGAGGGUAUCACAGUUGUUGUUUUGCCGUUAUCAAGAGAGCAGAUGAGAUGGAAAACAUGGUGACAGACAGCAGGGAUGAACCACAGACAGACUUUAUCUACUGUUCUGGAGCCAGCACAGAGGUCCUUAAAUUUGGCCCCCGUCACUUACAUUCAGGAUGCAAAGUUCUUUUUCUUAUCAUUCCAGGUAACCCUGGUGUAGUGGGCUUCUACAGGACCUUCAUGCAAACACUUCAUAGCAUGUUUGGCUACCAGCACCCAGUGUGGGCUGUAAGCCACGCAGGCCACUGUGAACCCCCAGACUCCAUGGACAUGAUAGAAGAGGGCUCCUGGGCAGCAGAGAGGGAUGUGUUUGGUUUGAACGGGCAGAUUGAACACAAGCUGGCCUUCCUCAGGAAACACGUCCCCAGAGAAACCAGCCUGAUCCUGGUUGGACACUCCAUCGGCUGCUACAUCAUUCUAGAGAUGAUUAAGAGAGAUCCUGAGCUCAAGGUUCGGAAGGCUGUCAUGCUGUUUCCUACCAUUGAGCGCAUGGCUCAGACCCCUCAGGGAAAGGUCAUGACCCCUGUGCUGUGUCACAUGCGUUAUGUGGCCUACCUGCCUCUCUUCCUGCUCUCUCUUCUGCCUGAGAAACUCAAAAGCAGCCUGAUCAGACUGGUGUUUGGUGGCAUUCGCUCUCUGGACCUCAGCGUGGUCCAACCUACUGUAGGUCUACUCAGUGGAGACUGUGCAGCCAAUGCUAUGUACAUGGGCGGCCAGGAAAUGAAGACAGUUUUGGAAAGAGACAACAUAACCAUCAAGAAAAACCUUGAAAAGCUUAUAUUUUAUUAUGGAGCUUCAGACCACUGGUGCCCUGUACAGUAUUACCUUGACAUCAAGCAGGACUUCCCACAUGGAGACAUCAGGCUGUGUGAGAACAGGUUCCGGCACGCCUUCGUCCUGGAUGCAGGAAGAGACGUUGCCAAAAUGGUGGUAGAGUGGGUCCGUGGAGAUUUGGGGACAUGAUGUUCUUUAAUCUGUUCAUGUACGGAUGACCAUGAUGACACUCAGGGUCCAGAGCUGCCAGCAAGGUUCAGAGAGAAAGAUAGAUUUUUUUUAUUAACAGAAACCAUGGAACUGAAUUUAAAACAAAGGUUUAGCACUGCAAAGAUAUCAAAUAGUAAUUUAAAUAUAUAUUAUAUUUAUAUCAUGAUGAGAAUUGGUUGGGAAUUGGAUGAAAAAAAAUAAACUCCAAUCUGACAUGACAGCUGAUUUAAAGUGGUGGCACACAGGUAGAACGUUUGGUCAGAAAAAUGAAAAACUCUAUGGAACUAAUAAAUGUUAAAACACUAAAUAGAGUGUGGUAUUCAGCAAGCAGCCUCCUGAGAUGCAGUAAGAAACCAUCAAACACACAAUUGUAGCAUUUCUCAUGUUGGUACGUGGCAAGUGGGAAUAUUUAAGUUCUCCUAUGUCGCCAUUUUGCACUUAUUUUAUGCUGUUUUUAUUUUACAUUCUUUUUAACAUACACAAUAAUGUGUACCUUUCAUGCAUUCCAUUAUCUGAUGACUUAAACAGCAAAUGAAAUGUGGGAAUUCAUCAUACAGGCCUUUUAUUUUUUAUUGGCUGACGUCUACUGUGCAUUGAAACAUUAGAGCUGCCUUUAGUGACAAAGUGGUGUAACAUUAAGCCACAUGUGUCAGCUGUAGGGUUCUGAGCACACCUUGAAAUAAUGAAAACUAAAUAUGCAAAUUGCGUUUGUGUUGUGGCUUAUGUGGCUUUUGCGUAUAAGUAUCUGAAGAAGGUUUCACUUACUUCUCCUCCCUUCCACUUCGUAUCCAGAAGGUAACAACUUCCGUUGUGAGGCUUUUGCGUUUGUGUUGCAGCUUUUGCGUUUAUGUUGCGGCUUUUGCAUUUGUGUUGUGGCUUUUGCAUUUGCGUUGCGACAUUUGCAUUUGUGUGGCCUUUCUCAGCCACUGUACUCAUUUUCAUUGUUCACAUGAACUGAAUUAACCAGUGAAUGAUGGUUUCACUGCAUCAAAAGGGGCUGAUAGUUUCCAGUUUAGUUUUCACAGUUGGUAAAGGCAAGAGAGCUGUCCUAGCAUCAGAAAUAAUAUUCUCAAAAGGUCUUGGUUCAGGACAACAACCCAAAGAGCACAACCAGCAGCACAAAGAAAAACUGUUUUAAAUUUGAGUCUUGUUCGCAAAGCAAGAUUCAAAUUACUUUGUUAAGGAAAUGAUUAAACUAAUUUCAUUUCAAACUGUUUAUUGGUGGACAAAUAUAUAUGACCUAACAUUCCUUUCAUGAUGCACUGCACUAACUCUGCCAAACAAGUGGUGGCAAAAAGUUUAAUAAAGAAAGGAAAGACAGAUUGUGAUUUUGUGACCUAUGGCUGACCUUCUUAAGUGUGAUAUGAAUAUUUUCAUCUGUCACGUCUACGAACCGUCAGCCUUCUUUCAGAUAACAAGACUCCUCUGCAGUUAAAGCGCAUGAAAUCUUGGUUUCAAAUUGUUCAGGUUUUUCUCUGUAGCAGUAAAUACUCACGACUGAAAGAGCAACAGCCACAGAUAGAGUUUUGAAAGUGUCCUUAGAUAUUUAAGGGUCUAGAUUAAUUUGACCAUAUGUAAUUAACAAUGGCUGGUAACAUAUGUAAAGAUCCCCAUGUGUUAUUAGAUAUGUGUAAUGGUACAACAAUUGCUUCCCUGGUUCAAGUCUAGCUAGGGACCUUUGUUUCAUAUUGUGUCCCAUGUCCCUCACCCUUCAUUUCCCAUCGUCUCUUUACUGUUGACAUAAAGUUAAUUCAAAACCCUGAUUGGUUCAUAGCAUGCUACAGCAAUUUUUCCACAGUAAGCACUGCCCACUUCACACCAGUGAGACGAAUGCAGUGAAAAAUAACCCAAAUACAGAAAUCUCUCAUGUGAAAUUAGUAGAAAAUCUAAUUUAAGGACUGGUCUUCACAUCAGUUUGGUAUUUGCUGAGAUACUCUCUUCACUUGUAGAGGGAAAGAUGUUUUGGGUGAGAUAACUUUGAUAUCAUUAAACUGGAAAA